AACAUUUAAACAUCCCACAAAUUUUUUAUUGUUAUCAUUGAUUUAAAAUUUUUGUUAUCAAGAAAUACAAACGAUCAAAAUGAAUAUGAGUAUAAAUACUAACCCACAACUUGAUUUUAACCCCAAACCUAUACCCAAUUUUUAACAGAUGUCAAUAUUAAAAAUGUAAUAUAUAUCUAUGUUAAUGGUGAUGAUUGGUUCAACUGUGGCUUUAAAAAUUUAGCUGUAGAUGUUUAGCUGUAGAUAAAUUGGUUGUACCUGUAAAGUUGUUAUUGUAGACUUUUUCUGCAGAAACUUUUGAUGUAGUUAAAUUUGUUGUAGCUGUAAGUUAUAGGCUGUAGAUAUUUUAAAAUAAAAUAUAUCAAAUAUGUGUUGUAUAUAUAAAAUUAUUAUUUUAUAUGAAUUAAAAUAAUUUAUAUUAAUAUUUUUUUAUAAAUUAUCAAAAUUUAUUGUAAUUUAAAAUGUGAUAUGUAAGUAAUAUUUAUAUUAUUUAAAUAUCUUAAUAAUUAAAAAACACUCAAAUUCAAAAUUAAAAUAUUUAUAAAAGUUUUUAUUAUGAUUAUAUAAUUUAUUUGAUAUUAUAGAUAUUUUUUUUCAUUUUACAGAUUUUACAGCCUAUAAAAAGAUGCAUUUUUGCCUAAAAUACAUAAGAGAAAGUUUUGCUUUAUUUUUUUUGUUGUAGCUUUAGAAAUAAAGCUAAAGCGUGAUUGGUAAAACUAAAUAAAAAUUUGAUGUAGACUUUAAUUUUUAAAAGUAAAGUUACAACAUGAUUGGUAAAAUUUAGUGAUUUAAAAAUAAAUAAAACUAAAGUAUGGAGAUAAAGUCUAACCAAUCACCCCCAAUAUCAUUCAAACUUAAUUUUAUAACAUAUAAAAUAGAAAAAGUGUUUGUCAAUUUAUUUAAGUAUUUGUACCAAUUUAAUUAUAUACGUAAUAGUUACUAAUUUUUUUAUUAUUCAAUAUAUAUUUAUUAUUUCAUAAUACGUUAAAAAAUAUAUAAUACUAAAAAAUAAUUUAUAUAUAAUAUUUAUUCCGCGGAGGGUGCGGAUCUUAACCGAGUAAAUGUUUAAAAGUCUGCUCCGUUGAAAUCAGAGUGAAUACGGUAUAUAGAAAAAAAAAUGAAACAAAUUAGAAUUAGGGUUAAUUUAUGUCAAGAAGGAAAACUUGGUGAGCAAGUCCCUUCAUAUGUAUUAAUGUGAGCAAUUAGGGUUUCAUUUCUUUACUAAAACUAUUCAUGUCUCUGAUUCUCAACCAGCCCCCGAAGCUAUGCUUGCGGAAACCAGUGUUGGUAAGAUGCUCUCCUCUUCACCACUCUAAUGGUUACUCAUCUGCUUCAUUGCCGCAAUCACAAACCCUUCCUUUAACCAUCUUCUGCGCGGAUCCUUGUAGACCACAUCUCGUAAGACGCGUGGUCAGGAGGGAUGGUGACAUGCAUGCUCUUGAUUACGAGAUGCCUCGUGAUUUUAUGGAGGUAACGGAAAUGAUAGGAACAUCCAAUGGAUGGGUAACGUGUUUGGUGGACGGCAUUGUGCGAAUCCGGGAAUACCCGGGCCCGGGGAAGAAUCGUAAACAGUUGAGAAUCAUUUUUUUACCUCCUCAUGAAACGCUGCCUCUAUGCCAAGCCCAAAUGGCCACCAACGUGGCAAUGUCCUCAUCUUCUCCGGAGAAGGAGGAGUGUGCUGUGGCUGUCAAGUUCUUGGGACCUCAACUAAGCAUUUGUAAACCGGCUCAAAGCAACGCCGAGUGGAUCAACAUCAGAAUCUCAAACCCUUGUUUCUUUUCCUCCCCUGUCAUGUAUUCGGAGAAAGAGGACAUGUUUCGCAUUAUCGGAUCUGGAGGCCACCUUGUUGGAUCAUGGGAUCUCGGCAAACACAAGUGCACACCAAAGAUUCAGAGACUUCAAUUUCAAAACCUUCCGGAGCUGAGCAAGGCCAAGCGGGAGCUUCUGUACUCGAGCAACACAAGCGAACACUUGGUGGAGUCAAGAACCACCGGUGAAACUUUCAUGGUUAAGUGGUACAAAAGGACAGCCAAGACCAUCUACUGCAUAGAGAGAAUGGAAACAAAAGCUUUAAUGGUGUUCAAGAUAGACGAACAAGGUAACGCUGUUUACACUCAAGAUAUUGGUGAUCUCUGCAUUUUCCUCACAAGGUCCGAAUCUUUCUGUGUCCCUGCUUGCUCUGUUCGCCACAUGCGUCCUAAUCACGUCAAACUCAUGGAUGUCGACGAAAUCACUAUUAUCGAUCUGGCUGCUCAAAAGUGGAACUGAUAAGAACAUUAGUUUGGACUUGUGUUUUUUUUUUCUGAGGCUAGAGUCUUGUCUUUUUCUUUAAAACCUUUCAAAUAUCCAAUCUAUUUUUUUUUUUCAUAUUUAUUAUCUGUGAGAUCGUUACGCAUAUGCUCCUGGACAAACCUUCCUAUCAUCUAUCACUAAAAUAGCAAUUUGGUUAUGCUUAAGCUAUAUUUAGUGUGUUCUUUGUGUUGUGACUUUAUAUAAUGGAAAGCUAUCUAUGCAUUGAGGUGAUAUUCCUUCUCUUUCGUAUUAUGUGCUCGUGAAGAGCAUUUUCCAUGAGCUUGGGAUCACAGAUGUCGAGACCAACUGCUCCGCCGGUGGAAGCGUGUGAUCAUUAAUGCUGGAAGAAGCUCGGAGGAUGUGCGUGAAGGAGAAAUAUUAACUUGUGCACCAUAUUUUCUUGUGAGCGCUUGGAAAAGGUGUUGAGAGAACACCAUAGUUUACUUCUCUGUUAGAAGAGAAACCUUUCCACACACAAAAAAAAGAGUUUAUAUACGAUUUUUAUAAUCAGAAAUCGAUAUAGAUUAUAUCAUAUCAACCAAAUUUUUCAAAAGAUUUGGAUUUUUACCUGAUCACCAGUCAAGAGAGAAGUUUUUUUCUCCGCGGACUUGGUAUUUGCUUCUGACUCAGAAUCCACCAGCCUAUUUUGCUUGGUUUUAGGCUACUAAUUUUCUUAGGAGGACAUCUAGAUUUACAAUACAGGUAGAGUAUUAUUAUGGUUUGUUGAGAAUGUUGUGAAUGGGGACCUUUUAUUUAUAAAUAUCGUGAAAUUGAAGACCAAGUAAGAUACUGAGGAAAUCCCUAGAAAAUAGAGAAGGAAGUGCAUAAAUAUUUGUAUACCAAGUUAAGAUACCAAAAUCGUUUGAAAAGAUAUGCAAGAGAAAAUCUAUAAGAAAUGUCAUAAAAUAUUUGUAUACCAAUUGAGAUACCACAAAACGUUUGAAAACCCGUAAUUAUGUUGCUCGUUUGAAAAUUUUAUUUUACUAAAAAAAUUAAAUGGCAUAUUCCCAUAUAUGAUUACGUAGCUGUCAUGUAUUGUUGCUGUUUGAAUAAAAACAAUUACGAAAAAUGCUGAUUUUAAUUAAAAACAUAUGUUUAAAUAAAAUUAGUGGCAGUGUAUUGUAAUUACUUUAAAAAUAGGAGGGUACUUCAAAAAAGAGGCUCUUCUGUUUUAAUAGUAUUGAUUUAGAUAAAUAAUAAGGUUUUGUUUUCUUAUAUAUUUAGUUAUAAAAACAAAAACGGGAAGGCUUAGGGUUUAUCUUUAACGCAAGACAAGUCGAAAGUGGAAAACUCCAACGCGAAGCUUGUUAAGGACAUGAUUUACCCAUGUCUCUUAAUCAGAAUUCUUAACUUAUGAUUUGAUAUUUUUUUUUACACUUUCUGUUAAGAGACGGAUUUUAUAUCUCUUAUUUAAAAGACAGUUCUUAAUUUUUUUUGUUAAAAUUAAAAAAAAAAAGCUAAAUAUCAUCUCUUACCCGAAAUUAAGAACCUCAGUUAACAGACUGGGGUUAAUGAUGAUCUAAAAUCCAUUAUAAUUCUUUGCAAAUGUUACAAGACUCACAACUGAUCCAACUAGUAUCCGUUCAAAUCCGUCGAGCGAUCUCAUUUUAUUUACAUGAUCUAGAAAAGAUUGCCUUUCUUGUUAGAAUAGUUUAGCAGUUGAUUAUAAUAAUUCCGCGAUGGACAUCGCUACUACAUGCACCGUGUGGUCCACGUGGAAUAGUAACUCUAUGCAUUUUAAUGAUUACAUCGAAUUCAAUAUACGCGUUUAACGAUUUUAGAAUACACACUGAGACAGUUAACUUGAUACGAGUGGAGAUCACAUCUAUUACGUACCGGGUUGUUUUCUUUACUAUAUUUUUUUCCCAUAAUUUAACAGUUUAUUUGAAUUUCACAUCGCAUGAAAACAAGCUGCGAUUAUUAUUUAUAUAUAUAUAUAUAUAUGUAAAUAAUAACAAAAGACUAGUAAACUAAACAGAUUCCAAACCCGUUAGCCACUUUGGAAAAAUUGAAUCAACAUAAAAUAUAGCAGAAGACAGGUUCCGAGUACCACGUACAAGCUUAUCCGCUAUUAUAUUUUUUGCUUUUAAGAUAUGUUGGAGCGAGAAAAUUUAAAAAAAUUCCUUACUUCGUAAAUUUUUUUCCAUGUGUGUACUGAACGCUGGCCACUCUGUAGGUGUAGACACCAUCUUCACCAUAUCAAUCUCAUAUAUAGCUUUGAUUAUCGAAAAAGUGUAGGUCAGUUAAAGGUUGAAGGAUAUGGAGAUAUAAAGAGAAGCCACCCAAAUUGUAGAUUGGCGACUCUUGGAGAUUAUAAAGCGUGACAUUCUCCUUUUAACACAUAUAAAUCAUAGAUAUCAAUGACUUUCAAGUAAGAACGUUCCCUUUUCUCUUUAACGAUGAUUUUCUCCACUACAUAUAUAUUAAACCCCAACGUUCGUAAAAGGCGUUCAAUAAACCUAAAACAACAUUUUGUUUGCAUUUGUUCAAUUGCUUGCAUACAUAAAUAUUAAAUAGAUUAUAAACUAGUGCAUUUUUAUAUCGAGAAUUCGAGAUUGUAGAAAUCAAAAUGGGCCAUGAGAAAUAGAUAUAUGCGUUCGUAAUUAUGGUCGUAUAUAUUUACAUAAUCAUUCCUAUAAUCUACUGAACAUUAGCAAACCAAUCAUCUCUUCUAUAAUUUUAAACUUGUAGGGUAAUAGCUUGUGCUUUUUAUUUUAUUUUUAAAAAAAUCUUGGAAAGUUCUCAAUGAUUGGGGGCAUUUCGAUCGGCCUAUAAUUAAAUUACUGGACUAACAUCAGAACCCAAAAUCCAACUUUAGUUGUAGCAUAUACUAGCUAUGUGACUAUGAUAUUCUCCAAAUCAUAUACUAAUUACAUUGUUUAUUGUAGAUUCAUUCAUAUAAUUGAGGUGUGGACAACUCUAUAAAAGAAUCAGAAUUACAAGGUAUUAAUUAACUACUGGUUGGUUGGUGACAGAUAAACUUAAUUAGAAUUAAUUUGGUAUCUAAGAAUGAAAAUAUAGAGCCAGCCUAUAAGAUGAUUAUCAAGAAGUGAGAGCAACUUGAUGGAAUAGUGAAAUAUAUUUUGACAAAAAGAAUCGUUACCUUUUCUCGUUUGACGCGCAGACGCGGUCCAUAUAAUUGAUUUCUUAAUAUUCUCAAAUUAACGGCUACGAACUUUUUUCUGUUCUUUUAAAUCUGACAGAAUCUACCUUACAUAUAAUGGCUGUGUCAAGAUUAGUAAAACUUAUUUAGCAAAAAAAAAAGAUUAGUAGAAAUUUCAUCACAAGAAUAUUUUGGUUUUAAUUGGGGGGUCGAUGGGUGGGUGGGAAAUAUUAAUUUAUCUUCAAUUUAUUUGCUUGUCUUAAAUUUUGUUAUUAUAUUUACUAGGUGUUUUCCCGCGGACGCGGACCUAAACAUAUUAUUAAUAUUUGCAUUAUUAAUUAGAAGACUAUAAUGAUAAAAUAUUAUUUAUAUUUUUAUUUGAAAAUUUUUACAUAUUAAUUAUUAUUUUUUUAAAAAAAAUUUAUACAUUAUACUCAUUAUAUAGAAAUAAAAUUUAAAAAUCACCCAAUAUUCUUUUUAAAAUUAAAUAAAAAUAAAAUUUUAUUUGAUUAAUAUUUAGUUAUAUAUUUUAUGUUUUUAGUAUUUUAUAAAAAGACUUUUCAGAUAACAACAUAAUAUAUAUAGAAAUUAUAUUUUUAUUUUAAAAUGUGUUUUUAAAUUCUGGAUAAUUUUUACUAUUAUUAAUUUUAUUCAAAUUAUUCAAUCAAAUAUAUUAAAUUUUUUAAAAUUUUUUAUAUAUUUUAUUUAUUAAAGGCAUAAACAAUAUUAGCUACUAUAAUUUUAACGUGAGAGCUCCGUUGCUAAAAUUUACUUUGUAAACAAUAGUAUAGAUAAAAUUUAUAUCAAUACUUUCACACGUGCAUCCAUCGUAUUUCCAAGUAAAGCUACAUAGAAAAAAGGAGAAUGCAAUUUAAAUAAAA